UUCGCAAAAACGUAAUAAAUGGAGAUUUACAGGUGUUUUAAAAGAAUGGAAUGCCAGACUCCCACUUGUGCCAAUAAAGCUGAGUAUUACUGCAAAGGAGACAAAGCUCUACAGUGUGAAAAUUGCAAGCUAAGCCACGAUUUCGCAUGAAAAAUGAUCUCUCUCAAAGAAUUUGAUCAGGUAUUGAUCGCAAUUGAUGAGACCAAAGCCUGGCUGACAAUUCUCAGGAAGGUCAAACAGCUUGGAUGUAUCUCUUCUCGUCAAAAGCGAAUUGAUGAAGAAAUCAAGAGCUUUGAAACCCUUCUCGAAGAUCUUGAAGAUGAUUAUGAUGCAGCUCAGCAAGCAUCAAAUUAUUCUAAAACUAACAAUUUUAGAAUGAGAAUUUCAGAGAUAAAAUAACGAUAUCAGAGGAAAUGAGUUAAUCUCCAAUAUGGUCUUUGAUUUCUUCAUGAAGGACAUGCUUGAGGUUAUAAAGAUCCCAGAAACAACUAUAAGUGGAGGUGAGAUACUGAAAGGACUACCAGUUCCAUCCAAGAUGAAUGCAUUGAUCAAGAGAGCUUCUGAAGCAGAAACUGAUACCAAACAUUCUAAACUUGUAAAAGAAAAUGUGGAUCUUGUCACAGAAAAAGAAGAGAUGCUUAGAAAAAUACAACUCAUGAAAAUGAAAAUAGACACGCUUGAGAACCACAACCAAACACUCGAGAAAAAAUAUAAUAUGGCUACAACCUCCUACCCCAUCCCUCCCAGCCCCCGCUUCACUAGCGCCACCACCACCAUCGAACAGUCCAAGUGAGAUUUCGAAGAAGAGGAUAUAGAGGAGGAACAAGCUGAAGAGGAGGAUGUCGAAGAAGUUAGUGAUACAAGGAAGAAAAGUCUUGUUAUUGACUGUGCGACAAGGGAGGAUAAGGAGUUUAUGAAGGAGAUGAUUGGGGAGGAGGUGAGGAUGGAGGAUUUGAAGGAGAUGGGGAUAGAUCAUGUGAAAAGGGAGAGUAAGGUGUUGAAGAAGUUUAUUGAGGAGUGUUCUCCGGAAAAGACGGGGAUGAUUGUGUUUAAUUCUGGGGAAAAGAUUAAUGGGGAAGCUGAAAAAGAGCGAGAGCUGAUUGAAGUAGAUUAUUAUCUGGACUCUUUGAGAAUAUUACUUCCUUCAGCUACAAAGAUGAUAUUUUUAAAUCGUCUGAUUAUUGAAGAUAGACCACUGAGAAAAAUUAUGCAAGCUAGUGCUUUUUGAAAGAUCCUUAUUUUCAGUUUCUGCCAGAUAAAUAUCACAGAUUCCCUCUAUUUCAAAGAAGUUGAAGAUUGCAGGACCUCUAGUUUACACUUCCAGGAUUGUUCAUCUGAGGAUGGGCCUGUAAACUUUUCUUACAUAUUUGCUGCUAUAAAGCCAACAAGUCUGGAAGAGUCCUUGAAAGAGCUGAAUUUACAUAACUGUGGUGUUGAAGAGAGCACUAUCAUGAAUGAAAUCGAAGAGGCUGGAUUUGAAGCAGCCUCAAGCAUAGAAAUCUCAGUGACACCCUAACUCAGAUUUCUCACCCUAAAAAUCCACACCACCUUAACCUCUCUUCUCCUUCACAUCCAUUUUCCCUUACCAAACCCCCCAAUUUCACUUAAAAUUCCACUUAUCUCUUCUAUCAACUUGGUUAAAAACCUUUUGUUUGUGUGCACUGUU